UAUCUCAGCAAAUAUACUUCGUCAGCCCGAUUACUCUUACAUCCCCUUCGUGAUAUCAACGCCGUGCUGCUGCCUUGAUACAUAUUAUUUUCCACUAAAAUGGUCCCUUCGUAAUUUGGUCUGUGUUGCCAUGGUACUGCUUUCUCCAUAUCGAACCAAGCUUACCUAACAUCGCAUCUUCCAAUGAACAUGCAGGAAGACUUCUCUAAAUCAAGAUGGCAGCUAAAGUGACUGACGAAUUUAUCCGUCAGUUUUGUUUGCUACCUAUGCCCAUUUCAAUAUAGCAAACAACCCCUACGCUCUUCCCUUGAAUGUCAAAAGCUGACGUCCUCAUUUGUAUCCUCAUCCAUAUUCCUCCAUUUCUCGAACUCAUUCUCCUUGAGUGCAAAAACUUCUCAAAGAUGGACUCGGAGAUCACACUCCCAACAAAUACACUCUACAACAUCUCCAUUCACCUCAGUAUCAACAUACCAGUCCAAGCUAGCGAUACAUCAAGCUUCACCUUCGCACAUAUCGUCGCCCUCUUCGUCCUCGUCACAAUGGGCAUGUUUCUAGCAUUAUGGCUCUUUCUGCAUGUUUUCGCGCGCGACGACGAACCGUCAAAGUCUAUAUACAGUGGUGACGAUUCGUUUCGCAGCGACGAUAAUUUUGGGAGACCCAAUCGCCGUGAUCGGUCGGCUAGCACCAGCAUAUCCGAGGUCAGUGUACAUUCUGAUCGUCAUGUCAGGUUCCAUCGGGCUGAGACCUGGUAGACGAUUUGCUGCUUAUCCGGCAUGGUGGUAGACACUUUGCACUCUUUGCUGCAGGCAUGAAUGAGGAUGAGACGUAUUGAGAGAUGAAGAGAUAUAUGAUAUGAUGAUGUUGUGGGUAAAUGAAAAUG